GAAGCCUGUGUGCGCAAGUCAUUCAGUCUCCAUCAUCGUCGUCUGUGUCGUACGUUUCGAAAAUGGAGGAGACGGUGAACAAGCUGGUGAACGCCGGAAGGCGCGCGGCGAACAACAACACGGUGAUAAGCGUGUGCCUAGUAGGAUCCUUCAUCGCCCUGGGCGCAAGGUCCAUGAAGCAGCAAAACAAAAUCGAGGCUCUAGAGGCGGAGAAGGACUCCGUCAUCAAGUCGAACAAGGCCACCAAGCAGACCUUGUGGGACUGGAAGCAACAGCUCUAUGCCGAAGCCGGCUCCGACUCCGCUCUCGUCCCUCUCGCUAGGAUCAAAGCCAUCUAUGGGGAUGCCACUACUCCCCCAAUCGCUGCGAAGGAGGAUCCAAAAUCUGCGAGUUUUGUGGUCUGAGUAGUGUUGCAUUGGCGAGGUUUGUUUGUUUUUGUUUUGCACACCAGGUGUUUGUGAAAAUGCCUCGGAGAGUUUUAAUCUUGUGUAAGUUGAUCGUUGUGUCGAUGUUUAUGUGGCAUUUGCAACAAGGACAUAUUGUUUUUCUAGAUCAAUGACAUUUUUGAAUUAGAUAAAUUGAGCUUCAUCAGAGCUGAAGUGGAUUGUAUUGCAAGCAAACUUUUGUUGAAUUGGUAUGCCAUUCUGAUCAGCCUCAUAAACUGAUAAACCCU